UCAACUGAACUGUGCAUGGGAACGCUAGUGCAGUAGGAUAGCCGAAAUUCUUGCUUUUACAUUGAGAAUGAAGCGUUAAACAACAUUAGUAUUUGCAGUGCUCACUUGCAGUGCUCAGAAAUGAUGCAGAAUUAUUUUUUUCGAAGAACAGUGGUUUUACAAUCGCCAUAAAUGUCACUGUGAUGAUAAGUUAUGUUACUUAUGCUAGCCUGUAGCUAAUUAACUGAUAUUACAGUCUUGGAAACAGCAUUUCGUAGACUUAUCAUACGGUUCGGUCUCAGAAUAUGAGUUCGUUAACUAAGAUAAUGUGUAGCCGCUGGCUGCCCCUCAUUAGGGUCUGUGGUUUGAACAUGCCUUCGUUAGGGAGGACACACGCAAGAAAUUUCAGCACGUCGCACGUUCGCAUGGUCGCGAUGCCUGCGUGGGUCAUUGACAAGUAUGGUGACAACAAUGUGUUGAGAUUCACCAAAAAUGCCCCGUUCCCAGUCAUCAACUAUCCUAAUGAGGUUGUCGUCAAAGUCCACUCUGCAGCUCUUAAUCCUAUAGAUGUCAGCAUGAGGGGUGGUUAUGGUGCUGCUACUAUGGCGAUGAAGCGUGACCCCCUGAACUUACAUCAGGCGGGUACUGAGUUUCCCUUAAUCCUGGGUCGGGACGUCUCUGGGGUCAUCAUGGAGGCUGGCUUGGACGUGGGCUACUUCAAACCAGGAGAUGAGGUAUGGGCGGCCAUCCCACCAUGGAAACAGGGCAGUCUCGCUGAGUUAGUGGUGCUCAGUGGUAAUGAGGUGUCACUCAAGCCCAAGUCGCUGAGUCACUCGGAGGCAGCGGCCGUUCCCUACGUGGCCUCUACGGCCUGGUCGGCCGUGGUCAACACAGGAGGGCUCAACAAGGACAACUGUGCCAAGAAACGGGUUCUAAUCCUCGGAGCCUCGGGGGGAGUUGGGACCUUUACCAUACAGAUGCUGAAGGCCUGGGGUGCCCACGUGACGGCCACCUGCUCUGGCAGUGCUGAGGGCCUGGUGAGGGGGCUGGGGGCUGACGAUGUGCUGGACUACACCGCCGCCCCAGUGGAGCAGCAGCUCAAGGACGUUGAGAAGUUUGAUUUGGUUCUGGACAACAUUGGGGGUGACACCGAGUCCUGGGCCCUGGGGUUCCUCAAGCCGUGGUGUGGGGCCAAAUACGUUACCUUGGUAACACCCUUCCUCCAGAACACCGACACGCUGGGCAUCGCAGACGGAAUGUUUCAGACGACAAUCACAGUGGCCUCCAAAGCAGCAAAGCACUUGUGUAAAGGUGUGCAUUAUCGCUGGGGUUUCUUUGCACCAAGUGGCCGUACACUGGACGACAUCAGUGAAAUGGUGGAUGCCGGUCAGGUGAAGCCGGUGGUGGAGGAGACCUUCUCCUUCUCUCAGGUCCCGCAGGCCUUCCGGAAGGUGGAGGCUGGUCACGCCCGUGGCAAGACCAUCGUCAACGUCAUCCAAGAGGACGGAGAUGCCCAGUGACCAUGGUGAUGAUGGGCCCCAAUGAACGCCCUUUCCACAAGGAUGUCGAAAUAUCCCCUAUAGGGCGGGUUCACACCAUGGUGUGUGGAGGUGUCAGCAGUCAUUUCCUGUGUGUGUGUGUGUGUGUGUGUGUGUGUGUGUGUGUGUGUGUGU